GCCGGCAACCAGCAGGGGGGAAGUUUUGCUUCCACUUUCACUUUGAGCUUAAAGUGAAUCGCGGAAAGAGAGACGAAGGAGCGGACAGACGCGGACACACCAAGUCGCCAUGCCUUUCAAGUACCCAGAAGCCCGUAGGGAUGAGAGCAAGGUUGACGAGUACCAUGGGGUGAAGAUCCCAGACCCCUACGCUUGGCUGGAGGACCCUGGCAGUGAGGAGACUAAGGCAUUUGUGGAGGCCCAGAACAAGCUGACCAUGCCCUUCCUGGAGCAAUGCGCCAUCAAAGACAAGUUCCACCAGCGGCUCACUGAGCUCUUCAACUACCCCAAGUACAGCUGUCCCUACAAAAGGGGCAACAGAUACUUCUACUUCCACAACCAAGGCUUACAGAAUCAGGAUGUCCUCUACAUGCAGGACUCCCUGGAUGCCCCAGCCUCCGUCUUCUUCGAUCCAAACAAGCUUUCUGAGGACGGCACAGUGGCCCUGCAGAUGGCGCGCCUGUCCGAGGAGUGCGAGUACUUUGCCUACGGGCUCAGCUCCGGCGGCUCCGACUGGGUGACCAUACAUUUUCUACGGGUCGACGACUUGAGCCAACUGCCCGACAAGCUGGAGAGGGUCAAGUUCAGCUGCCUGGCCUGGACGCAUGAUGCCCGAGGCAUCUUCUACAACUGCUACCCUCAGCAGGAAGGCAAGGCCGAUGGCACCGAGACUACCGGCAACUUCAACCAGAAACUGUACUAUCAUGCGAUCGGCACCAGCCAGUCGGAGGACACCUUGGUGGCUGAAUUUCCAGACCAUCCCAAGUGGCACAGCAGUGUCACGGUGUCCGACGAUGGCCGGUACGCCGUGCUGUCCAUCACGGAGGGCUGUGAGCCCGUCAACCAGCUGUGGUACUGUGACCUGCAGCAGCUGCCCAAUAGCAUCACAGGUCUGCUCCCUUGGGUGAAGCUAGUGGAGAACUUUAAGGCGCAGUACUCCUACAUCACCAACGAGGGCACCGUCUUCACCUUCCGCACAAACCUGCAGGCGCCGCGCUACCGCGUGAUCAACAUUGACCUGCAGAAGCCCGACCCGACUAACUGGAGCACUCUCAUUCCACAGCACGAGAAGGAUGUCCUGGGAUUCGUGGCCUGUGUCAACCAGCACUACCUGCUGGUGAACUACGUGCACGACGUGAAGGACAUCCUGCAGUUGUACGAGCUGUCCACUGGGCGGCUGCUCCGAGACCUGCCGCUGGACGUCGGGACUGUGGUGGGCCUCAGCUGCAAGAAGCAACACGUCGACUUCUUCUACAAGUUCACCUCGUUCACCACCCCGGGGAUCAUCUACCACUGCGACCUGAGCCAGCCGUCUCCGGCGCCCACCAUAUUCAGACAGGUGGAGGUGAGGGGCAUAGACCCGACAGACUACGAGACUGUACAGGUGUUUUACCCCAGUAAGGAUGGCACCAAGAUUCCCAUGUUCCUCACGCACAACCGCGGCAUCCAGAAGGACGGCUCGCACCCGGUCUUCCUGUACGGAUAUGGCGGAUUCGAGAACGCCAUCCAACCCUUCUACAAGGUGGCCAACCUGCUGUUUGUGCGACACCUGGGGGGCAUCCUGGCCGUGGCCAACAUCCGCGGAGGAGGGGAGUACGGACAGACCUGGCACAAAGCCGGUUGUCUUGGCAACAAGCAGAACUGCUUUGACGACUUCCAGUGCGCGGCAGAGUUCCUGAUCCGGGAGGGAUACACCACCGCGAGCCGCAUCGCCAUCAACGGGGCGUCCAACGGCGGACUGCUCGUGGCAGCCUGCGUGAAUCAGAGGCCCGAGCUGUUUGGCUGCGCUGUGGCUAAGGUGGGGGUCAUGGACAUGCUCAAGUUCCACAAGUUCACCAUCGGACACGCCUGGACCACAGACUACGGCUGUGCCGAUGAUCCCGAGCAAUUCCAGUGGCUCAUCAAGUACUCCCCCCUGCACAACUUGCCUCCCUCCCGCAGGGACGGCCCCUCCUACCCCGCCGUACUGCUGCUCACGGCCGACCACGACGACCGGGUGGUGCCGCUGCACACGCUCAAGUACUGCGCCGCCCUGCAGCACGGAGUGGGCAACAGCCCCGGACAGAAGCAGCCCCUGCUGGUGCGUGUGGACACCCGCAGCGGACACGGUGCUGGCAAACCCACCGCCAAGGCCAUCCUGGAGGAAACGCACGUCUUCUCCUUCAUUGGCGAGACGCUGGGCCUCCAGUGGCGGGACUGAGGAGAGUCCUGCAAUUGCACACGUUCGCAAGGCAUUGUGGGUACUGCCAUUAAAAUCUCGACCCUGA